AAAUAUUUGAUAACCAGCUGGAAUUGCGCGCAUGUGCCGCCGGAUGAGUGACCAUACGUAGCUUACGGGCUUACGUUUCAAAUUCUAGCGUAUUUUUGGAGUCACCGCUUGCCUACCUCACGGUAGCGAGCGUGCCCAAGCGUGCGUGUAACCUUGACAUGUCUGUGUACCACGACGAAGUUGAGAUUGAAGACUUCGAGUACGACGAAGAGCUCGAGACGUAUUUCUAUCCGUGCCCAUGUGGAGACAGGUUCGAGAUAACUAAGGAGGACCUGCUGAAUGGUGAAGAGGUGGCCACAUGUCCCAGCUGCUCCCUUCUAGUGAAGGUGAUAUACGACCAGGAGGACUUUGUUCGAGAAAAAGAUGCACUAGCCAAAAAAGAACCAGCCAAGCUGCAAGCAACCAAUUAAGGAAAUGCCUUGAAAGCCAUUGCCACCACUGCUUGUUUUAUUUCCGAAAUUUGCUGCUUAGUUAUAGCUACAAAUCUUUCAAAUGGAGAGUUUCUUCAAAGUUUAGACAUGAAACGUGCAUGACUUGUUGCCAUUGUAUAUAUUUUAUUCAUAAUUACAAGUAUAAAAGGAAAUAAAACUUGUGGCUUGA